AUCACUUACCAAUCACGGCUAAUCGAUGCUCGAAAGCACGGAGUAGAAACGCCGGCGACAGACAUAGGGGGCAAGGAAAGUUGGAACUACAGAAAUGGCCCUGCUCAAAGUGCGACGUUUUGACAGUAUCGGCUUGUGGCUGAAGACAGGGGAUUCUUUAAAUUUCUCAGGCUGUAUUACCCACUCAUGCAGGACUUCAAGUUCAGUGUCAGAUAAGAAGCAAUCACUUCUUCAUGGCCCAGAUCUUGAAGAUUUCGUUUCUGGAGACCUCCAAGACAGAAGCAAGUGGGCAGAAUACAAAGGGAACUUAAAGAGACAGAAAGGAGAUAGGCUGAGAUUACCACCCUGGCUGAAGACUGAAAUUCCCAUAGGAAAGAAUUACAAUAAGCUAAAGAAUACAUUAAGAAAUUUAAAUUUGCAUACAGUAUGUGAAGAAGCACGAUGUCCAAACAUUGGAGAGUGCUGGGGAGGAGGGGAGUAUGCCACAGCAACGGCAACUAUCAUGCUAAUGGGUGACACUUGUACAAGAGGCUGUAGGUUCUGCUCUGUUAAAACAUCUAGACAACCUCCUCCUUUGGACCCAGAUGAGCCACUCAACACAGCCAAAGCAAUUGCUGAGUGGGGUCUGGACUAUGUGGUGCUGACUUCAGUAGACCGAGAUGAUAUUGCUGAUGGAGGUGCAGAACACAUUGCAAAAACAGUUUCAUAUUUAAAGGAAAGAAAUUCAAAAAUCCUAGUUGAGUGCCUAACUCCAGAUUUCAGAGGUGACAAGACAUCUGUUGAGAAAGUUGCUUUGUCAGGAUUAGAUGUUUAUGCGCAUAAUGUGGAAACAGUCAGAGAGUUACAGCGGCAGGUUCGUGACCCUCGAGCAAACUUUGAUCAGUCAUUGAGUGUCCUGAAACAUGCAAAAAAGGUGAAACCUGCUCUUUUAUCAAAAACCUCUAUAAUGCUGGGGCUGGGAGAAACCGAUAAACAAGUUUACUCAACCUUAACAGAACUGAGAGAGGCAGGUGUUGAUUGUUUAACCCUAGGACAAUACAUGCAGCCUACAAAACGACAUCUUAAGGUGGAAGAGUACAUUACUCCUGAAAAGUUUCAGUACUGGGAGAAGAUAGGGACCGAGCUGGGAUUCCUGUACACAGCCAGUGGCCCCCUGGUGCGCUCCUCUUAUAAAGCAGGUGAAUUCUUCUUGAAGAAUCUGAUUGACAAGAGAAAACAAGAAUGUAUGUAACUGAGGGUCAGGAAAAUGCAGCCAGCGUAUGUUCGCUGGAUAUUAACCAGUGACCUGCGCAACACAGGCACUUUAUGAAGCUCAUCUA